GGUGGAGCAGCGGGGGAAGGCAGGGACAGGCGGGGCUAACGCGGCUCUGCAGCUGAUCACACGCACCAGCACACACACCUCAUUCCCGCCGCCCCUGCUUGCGCCUCUCAUCCUGCACCCUGGGCCACCGAGUCACGGACUGGGAGUAGGGUACCUAGGAAGGAAAAGGCAAAGGUUCAACGGAGAGGCAGAAGAAAAGCUGAAGUGGCGCUAGUGUUCAACCUGAAAGUCUGACCUGCAGCCCAAGGCUCCAACCUCCUCCAGCAGCACCGCUGUCGCCUGGAAGGAGGGCACCGCGCCAAGGAACCCCAGAGUCCCGUUCCUGAGCCAGCCUGGGGUCAGCGCGCUAAGAUCUUCUGGCAAGGACAGUGUGGUGCCUUCAGAGAAGUGCGGAGCUUAAGGGACCUGCAUUGAAGCUCUUCAUGGUACACCAGGAAAAGUAGGAAGGAGGAAAAUAGCCUCGAGCACAGGGUGCGAGGCCAGGCUGCUGCUGCCUCUUGCAGUGCGGACUCCUGCUCUCUCUGGCUGGCGCUUGGCUCCUGCGUCUUCGCUUCGCAUUUGAAUCUGGCUCGCCCCUCCAUAUUAUGUCUGCAAUCCGAAGGAAAUUUGGGGACGAUUACCAGGUAGUGACCACCUCGUCCAGCGGCUCAGGCUUGCAGCCCCACGGACCGGGCCAGGGCCCGCAGCAGCAGCUUGUACCCAAGAAGAAGCGGCAACGGUUCGUGGACAAGAACGGCCGGUGCAAUGUACAGCACGGCAACCUGGGCAGCGAAACAAGCCGCUACCUCUCGGACCUCUUCACCACGCUGGUGGACCUCAAGUGGCGCUGGAACCUCUUCAUUUUCAUCCUCACCUACACCGUGGCCUGGCUCUUCAUGGCGUCCAUGUGGUGGGUGAUCGCUUACACUCGGGGCGACCUGAACAAAGCCCACGUUGGCAACUACACGCCUUGUGUGGCCAAUGUCUACAACUUCCCCUCUGCCUUCCUCUUCUUCAUCGAGACCGAGGCCACCAUCGGCUAUGGCUACCGGUACAUCACCGACAAGUGCCCCGAGGGCAUCAUCCUUUUCCUCUUUCAGUCCAUCCUCGGCUCCAUCGUGGACGCCUUCCUCAUCGGAUGCAUGUUCAUCAAGAUGUCCCAACCCAAGAAGCGCGCCGAGACCCUCAUGUUUAGCGAACACGCGGUGAUCUCCAUGAGGGACGGAAAACUCACGCUCAUGUUCCGGGUGGGCAACCUGCGCAACAGCCACAUGGUCUCCGCGCAGAUCCGCUGCAAGCUGCUCAAAUCUCGACAGACACCUGAGGGUGAGUUCCUUCCCCUUGACCAACUUGAACUGGAUGUAGGUUUUAGUACAGGGGCAGAUCAACUUUUUCUUGUGUCCCCCCUCACAAUUUGCCACGUGAUCGAUGCCAAAAGCCCCUUUUAUGACCUAUCCCAGCGAAGCAUGCAAAGUGAACAGUUCGAGAUUGUCGUCAUCCUAGAAGGCAUUGUGGAAACAACUGGAAUGACUUGUCAAGCUCGAACAUCAUACACAGAAGAUGAAGUUCUUUGGGGUCAUCGUUUUUUUCCUGUAAUAUCCUUAGAAGAAGGAUUCUUUAAAGUUGAUUAUUCUCAGUUCCAUGCAACAUUUGAAGUCCCCACCCCACCUUACAGUGUGAAAGAGCAGGAGGAAAUGCUUCUCAUGUCCUCCCCUUUAAUAGCACCAGCCAUAACUAACAGCAAAGAAAGACAUAAUUCUGUGGAGUGCUUAGAUGGACUAGAUGACAUUAGCACAAAACUUCCAUCUAAGCUACAGAAAAUUACUGGAAGAGAAGACUUUCCUAAAAAACUCUUGAGGAUGAGUUCUACAACUUCAGAAAAAGCCUACAGUUUGGGAGAUUUGCCCAUGAAACUUCAACGAAUAAGUUCGGUUCCUGGAAACUCAGAAGAAAAACUGGUAUCCAAAACCACCAAGAUGUUAUCUGAUCCCAUGAGCCAGUCUGUGGCUGAUUUGCCACCAAAGCUUCAAAAGAUGGCAGGAGGAGCAGCCAGGAUGGAAGGGAAUCUUCCAGCCAAAUUAAGAAAAAUGAACUCUGAUCGUUUCACAUAACAAAACACUCCCUUAGGCAUUAUUUAAUGUUUUGAUUUAGUAAUAGUCCAAUAUUUGGCUGAUGAGAUAACUCUCCCUAAGAAAUUUGAAAGAUCAUUUCUCCCCCAGUCUAAUUAGCAUAUUUGAGAACUCUUCAUUCCCAAGUAUUGCUACUGUGCAGAAAGGAAAAUUAGGAAGGGAGAACAUCAUAAGGAAGCUGUUAAUGGGCAUGUAUUAUCACAUCAAGCAUGCAAUAAUGUGAAAAUUUUGCAUUUAGUUUUAUGGCAUGAUUUAUAUAUGUCAUAUUUAUAUUGUAUAUUCUGGAAAAUAUAUACAAAUAUAUAUUUAAAGGAGAGAUAGUCUCCCUAUCAUUUCUAACACUUGUAUUAAGCCAAACAAGAGUGGAUAGCUUUCAGGGUGAUAAAACUGCACACAAACACACACACACAUACAUGCAAAUAUAUAUAUAUAUAUAUAUACAUGUACACAUACAUACAUACAUAUAUAUCUGAUAAAAAUUGUGAUGUUUUGUUCAAGGUUGUAGUUCUUGUGCAUGUUUACUUUAUUAGACUAGGAAGGCUACUGGCAUUAAUUAUUAAUACCAAAUAUUUUAGCCUUAAAUUAUUUGUCAUUUUAAAAUCUGAUUUAAUGUUUUCUACUGUUCAAGGUCAUAGAGGGUUCAAUUGUGUUUUAUCAUGAGAGGGUCACAAAAGUUUGUGCUAUUUACAGCCCUGCAAAAGUAUAGCCAUUAUAUAUUUGACUUGUAAAUUUUAGAGCAUACCAGUACAUGGUAUUUAUCAUUGAAAUUUUCUCAUGAUUUUUAAAAGUUGCUAGUACUGGGGAGAAAUUAGUGCGAUUAAUUUGAGAAUUAGUCCUUUCCUGGACUAAUUAAAAUCUGGAAAUCUGUUUUGUACAUGAUCUCAUACAAAUAUGAGCUCUGAACAAACAUGCUGAAUCACUGUAAUGAUCAGUAGUCAGGUUACAUUUGAAUAUAUCAUUAUCUGUGUGAAAUGACAUAGUCCCUAUUUCAAACAGAACCAAUUGGAAACAUUUUUAUUCCUUUUCUGAAACUUUUAUCUAUUUAAAAAACCAAUAAUUUAUCUUUAAGGGAAUACAAUAAGGCAAUGAACCAGAUGAUAAAUAUUUAUGCUUAAAAUAUGUAUGUCUAAUUGAGUCUCUUUUUAUGCUGUUCUCUUGUUUAUGACAUUUGUUUUGAGAGGAGAGACUUUUUCCUCACCUAAGGAACUAUCCCAGACCUGUCACUUAUAGUUCAGGAAGAUUGUUUGGACAUGCCUGAAAGAAAUUAAAUUUAGAUGAAUUGAAGAUAACUUACACACAGUUUUUCUUGGUGAACACUGAUUUUAUUGGUGUCUUGUUGGAUCCCGGGCAAUUUUAGCAGUACUAUAUUUCUAACCCCAAUGUCCUUAAACAAUUUUAGCAGUACUAUAUUUUUAACUCCAAUGUCAUACAUAUUAUUGGGAAUCAAAACUACUGAUCAGUAGAACACAUUCAAAAUAAAGAUUUGGAAUGCAGUUUUCUUUAUGAAAAACUAGAAGUGCUCCUUAUGAGAAUAUUAUAACUUUUCCUACGACACUUCUUUGGACAUUGAAAUCUACUUAUGCACAGAAAUACUCCACUUCUGAUUAAUGUGCAAAUCACUAAUGGCUGGUUUGGGCUCCCAUCGUUUCCUAUUUUUUAGCAAUCCUGUGAUAAUUUUAUUAUUGGCAAAAUAUUACAUCAAUGAUUCUAUCAUUAACUAUAAUAAUAUCUUCUGGCUACCUCUGUAUCAACCAAAUUCUGUAGGUGCAAACAUAUACCAGGGAAUUGUUACUGGCAAAAUGAUCAACCUUGAAUAUUCAUCCACUGUGAAAAGAGCGGUGGCCCUACCCCUUGAUCACCAAACUUUCUUAUUUGCUGGAUGUAGGAAGUGAAAUAGUAGCAGAGAAAGGGGCCCAGAGGCGUGGCAUACUAUGUUUAUUAGCAGUGGAAGAAACUGCAUAGAUCAUUUAGUCUAACACCUUAAAACUAAACAGAGCCAUAAUUUACUUUGGAGAGUCAUUUAAAUUUGUUUUUGGUACCAAGAAGAAGAACCAAAAACAAACUCUUUGAAUGUAUUCAUUCAUUCAAAAAAAAAAAAAAAUCUGCAUGCCUCCAUGUCCUAGGCAAUUUUGACUUCCUGGGGAUUUGAACUUGACUAAGUCAGAGGAUGUCAUUGCUCAUCAUGGACACUGCAUGCCAGUAGGAGGGCAGACAAAAAACAAACAAGACAAUUUCAGUUGGUCAAAAUGUCAAUUAAAAGAAUGAAAACAGGGUAACAAUGGCAAAUAACUGUGUGGAGUAAGAAUGGAGUAUUUCAAUAGAGGUGACUAGCUUUGGGAGAUGGGUAGUGUUUUGAUAGAGAACUGAAUGAUGAGGAGGAUCUCCUUUUGCCAAAAUUGAUUAAUCAAAGUGAAUGGUAUUCUUUUAUCUUUUCCACAUGUGUGGGAAAGGUACAAUUUCUGCAUGUAAUUGCAGUUUAACCCCUAUUUCUAGGUUAAUCACAGAUCCAGGUCUACCCAGGAAUAUUCCAGUUUAUACCUGUUGUACUUGUGUAAUUAUUAGUAGCACUCUCUUUCACUCCUAUAAUGUCCUGGGUUUGGAUGAUAUAUGGUAAAGUUUUUGUUGAAACUAACUAUAUUAUAAAAUCUGAUAUAUUUGGAUAAAAAUAAAGAAUUGCUUUUCUUCUC